CUCUCUCUCACACACACAAAAAAUUCUUGACAUGUUGCUGGGAAAAAAAAUCUGAGCAGUAAAAGUGGAGUGAAAAGUGUAAUAGUGGAAAAUAGCAAAACACACAGGCAAGUAAAUCAGGGAAAGAAAAAGACAGAAAACCUAAGUUCAGGAUGAAGUGCUUAAGAAAGUGAUGUAAUGCUGAAAAGAGAACGAAAGGAGGAGGACCUAAGCGAUACAAAGCGUCACAGGUCAAAAGAAGAGGAAGGCAGCAGCAGACGAUGCACUUAGCGUUGUGUGGGACCAGCCUGUGUUAUCAGCUGACGUGCGAGGUACUUUGGUAAUCAUACGAAAGACACUGAAUUUGCGAAGAUGCCAGCAUUCUGUGGUGUUAUUGGGUGCGCAAACAAGCGGACGAAGUUCCCGGAAAAGUUUUACUUCCGACUACCAGCGGUGGACAAGAGGUAUGGAGGGAAGAGAGAGAAAAUUACAAGAGUACGGCGAGGGAAGUGGCUGGCAAAUCUGGCAAGAGCUGGCUUAACCGAGGCUGGAAAAAGGCAUCUCCUCGUGUGCAGUGAUCAUUUUUUGAGUGGACGACCAGCAAUCCUUGAUGAUACUAGUAAUCCAGACUGGGCCCCAACACAGAACCUUGGUCAUCGUAAAGUGUCCCAGGAAUUGGUCGCCAUCAGUUGUGCUCGGCAUCAAAGGAUCCAGGAGAGAAAGUCGAAGAAGGAUAAGGAGAUGUUUAUGGCAGCGCAGACACUCAUGGACAUGCAGGAAUACACUCAACCUAGCAGUGACAAAGUUUAUGUUGGGAAGGACGUGAUGGAGCCCUUUGAGUUUGUGACGGAAGUGAAGGAGGAGCCAAUAGACCACCAAGUUUCAUCCACUACACAGCAGCCCUCAGUGGUGGAUAGCGUGAGUGAUCACUCCCAAGAUGCUCUCUCCCAGUGUGACGAGAUUGGCAUUAAGAAGGAGGAGGAGGAGGAUGUUUGCAUCAAGGAUGAGCCCAUUGAAGACUUGGACCCACUCAGUAACUGUACCACCUUUGUCCCUAUGCUGAAGUCCAAGCCAAGUAACACCAGUGUCAAAAAGGAUCACAGCCAGUUCAUCAGAAAAACUCACAAGACUGGAGGGGGCCCACCACCAACACUGCCAGGACAGCCAGAGCAGCCGCAGACCCUUUUGCAAAACCCUGCCAGUCCUAUUGCGAUCAUCGGCAGUGCAGAACGUGAAGCCUUUCCUAUUGGAGGUGUCCGUUUAGGACAGCCAGAGCAGCCGCAGACCCUUUUGGAAAGCCCUGCCAGUCGUAUUGUGAUCAACGGCCGUGCAGAACGUGGUAUGGAAGUUAUAUUCAUAUUUUAAUCAACAAUAUUGAACAAUAUUUUUUCCUUCUUUGUUUUGAACAGCCAAACUUGUCUAACCUUUCUCAGUUAUCCGACUGGAUAUUACACCUUGCCGGCUGGAUAAUUGGAUAUUAACAUAAAGGAUAUCCAGAUCUGGCCAAUGGAAAAUUGCCGGUUAUCGGCUAACCUCAUUUUGCUGGAUACCGGUUAUCCGGGCAAAUCAAUAUCUGGCACAGCCAUACUUUUAAGGGAUUGUGAUGUAUGGAUGUCAAGCUUGGACUCUUCAUAAAAGAGAUAAGCACAGUGUGGAAGGAGUUCAGAUGUUUUGCCAAAGACUGGUCACUUGGGUUAGGUGAUUAGAGAGAGUAUGAAUUAUUGACAGAGUGAGAGAAGUAUGAGGACCCCAGAGGAGUGAAAAUAUGAGUAGAGCAUGGGGUGCUUAAGUGGUGCCAUGUUGUGAAAAUAUUGCAAGA